UUCAAUGUUGACAGUAAAGUGAAGAACUGAAGAAAGUCCUGCUUGCUUGAAGCUUAUCAAGGCAUACGUUGUUUUUGAUAUUCAGAGAAAUUUAUUUUCCUUCCAAUUUUGUUUUGCUCAUGGACUUUUGAAUCAAUAGCAGAUAGAUCCUUUCUUCCAGAAGGAUUCCAGUUUUUUACCCAUAUUUAAUAAAACUGAACUGUGUACUCUUUUUAACAAAAAUGAAAUUAAAGAAUACUCACAGGCCAAUCAGAUGAACAAUAACCUAGCCCAGUAUGUCUGAAGCAUUCAACAAAGCAGUGGAAGAGGUGAAGAAUUUCACUAUUAGACCGCGAGACGAUAUUCUGCUGGAUCUGUACGCACUGUUCAAACAGGUCACAGUCGGAGAUGUGAACACUUCCAGACCAUUCAUGCUAGACUUCAAAGGGAAGGCCAAGUGGGACGCAUGGAAGCAAUUGAAGGGGUUGUCGAAGGAGGAGGCCGAGUCGAAGUACAUCUGGUUGGUGGAUAAUAUCAGGCACAGAUACUCUAAUAUCAGACACGACAGCGAUCUCAUAGACAAUUAAAUAUUGCAAAUUUAGGAGCAAUGCUGAUUCAAUUCGCGGUUUGUGUGAGUAGUUUGUUCCAUCCCUGAAGUCAUCAGUUGUAAAAAUAAUUUCACAUCAGACCCCCUACACAAUGUCAUCUGCAGUUUAAUAUCCGGCCUUAGAAAUGUACUUCCCAAUUUUUCUUUUGUUGAGCUUCCACUUUGAUUGAAUUGUUCGAUGAUAUGUGGCUGAUGUAGAAAAAAAAACGUGCUAGUGUAUGUUUGGCGUAACUAUCAAGU